GGUUAUUCUACGAUAAAUCACAUUUGGGAGCUUGUUAUUUCGACUCUAACACGACACACUUGAAACAACAGUGUUAGAAAAAUGGUAACUAUAUUUUACAUGAAUUACACUUCGUGCUACGCACCUGGAUUUGGCUGUGGAAAUUUCCUCCCACGCAAACUGUAAAUGUUGCAGUUUCACAACAUUAAUUGAUCUAGCACAUAAAUGACAGAAUAAGUGAUAGAAAUUUGAUCAUGUCUAUAAUUUCAUUUAUUUCUCCAACAAAUGUACAAAAUGUAGUGUUUAUAUGUAAUGCUUUCCUACAGAAAAUAAUCGGUGUAAUACUACCGAUUGGCUUCUUACGUUUCGCAAGGAUUGGCACUACAGUACACAUUUAUCGUACAUGAUGAAAUGUUACCAGGAAAAAGCUGAAAUUGUGUUAUAUUGCCAGAAUAACUAACAUCAACUAAUUUUGACAUGUUGGAAUUCACAGCAACUCGGAUGUCAGAAAUAUUAUUCUCAUUAUCCUGUCAUGUUGGAAUGCAUGGAGCAGGAUUUACAAGUGUCAUAUUUUUUUCCUGACAGGGUCUUGUUAGACUCUACGAAAUCACGAUCACGCAUAAGUGACAGUUUUCCGGAGAAAGUUAAAGCAGUGAUGUGUCUAUGAAGACCUGCACGGAUGAGUACCAGUUGAUGUGUGAAUACUGCGAAUCUUACAUAGAUAGGAAUGAUGUUACUCGUUCGGGAUUUAAUUGCCCAGAAGCAAUCCGUCUCGUUGGCAAGUCUGAUUUCUACUGUUGCUUGAACGAAUCAAAUGGCCUCCGUUACUGCUGCAAUGAUCGGACAAAGAGUUUAAACUUUUCUGAUAUGACAUACGGACAGGAGGCAUUCAUGUUAUACUGGCCGUUCCUCGCAAUGGGUGGACUGAUAGCUGGCUUUGUAAUAUUUAUACCUUACACAAUGCCGAGGGAUUCCGAAGUUAAACACGAUUCUCCAAUGGACUGAUUGGGACAUUGCUGUUCUGUGACUGUAUGGUGUAAUUUCGUUUCAACUUCAGUUAAUAAAUUUAUAAUAUUCAAUGAUACUUAAAAACGCUUAUAAAAUCACUUUACACCAUUGUUAUAAGAACUAGUCUGACGGAAGACAAAAAGACUAUCCAGAAAAAUAAUUCUAAUUUUUAAAACGGUCAAAAGAAACUGCUAAUUGUGGAAAAAUUGACAGCUUUUGACACUUUAAGCUUGUGGUGUCGUGUCCAUAAUGCACCAAAGUGGAGAAAUAGGAGAAUUAACUCAAAAGAUCAUUACCGACAGAAACCAUACCGAGUUUUAUCCCUUCGUCUAAGAAACAACUGAUCGUCUUACCGUUUCGUUGAACUAAACAACUAGAAAAAAAUUAAUCUUUGAAAUCAAAUACUGUAUAGUACUCAUUUUCCUUGUAAUAAAUCUAUUUGCCUGGUGCCAUUUGUAACAAUUUACAAUUUGACACCACAGAUGCAGUAAAUUAAUA